CCUGUUCAAGUGUCGCCCAAUGAGAAACGACGUUGCUUUGUUGUCAAACGUGGGAUGACAGCGGAAUUGUGAGCAAUUUUGUACACAGUGUCUCGACUUCAGUGCAUCAAAACAAGAUGGAGGUGGAACAGCUGUUGUCCCUGUCUGGUUCUGCGUUGGCCCAGGCUGUCAGCUCUCUGCUCGAGACGCCAGGCCUCUACGUGUUCUCUGACAUCCUCGAGCUACCCAACGUCAGAGAGCUGGAGACGGGACCACACGCACCGGUCUACCAGCUCCUCAGCCUCUUCGCCUAUGGAACCUACUGCGACUACAAAGAAAGGGCAGCGUCUCUCCCAGAGUUGACCCCCGCACAGAGGAACAAGCUCCGUCACCUUUCCAUCAUUACGCUGGCAUCCAAUCUCAAGUGCCUGCCCUACUCCCUCCUACUCCAGCAGCUGGAGCUGAAGAACGUGCGUGAGCUGGAGGACCUGCUGAUCGAGGCCGUCUACUGUGACAUCAUCCAGGGGAAGCUGGACCAGAGGAACCAGCAGGUGGAGGUGGACUGCAGCGUGGGCCGAGACCUGGGGCCCAACGAGCUGCCCAACAUCGCCAACACGCUGCAGGAGUGGUGUUCGGGGUGUGAAGCAGUCCUUUGUGGGAUUGAGGAGCAAGUUACCAGAGCCAACCAGUACAGAGAGAGCCAGCUAAAAGUCAAAGUUCAGGUGGAAACAGAGGUGUCAAACCUGCAGAAAACAUUAAAGACCAGCUCCGCCUCCCCCUCGUCCGGCCCCGCCCCCGCAGGAGCUGCAUCCAAUCAGGAUGCUGACCAGCCGGCCGAACCCAGAGACCCCGCCUCCUCCCAAGAACCACGGCAACCAGGCAAGAAAAGUUCAAAGGUGAAAGGGCUUCGUGGGAGCGGGAAGAUCUGGUCCAAGUCUAACUGAAGACAGGGGCUCAGGCAGAGCGAGGGCCCGACGAGACCCUCGCUGAACCACCACCCACGGACACCUCGACUCACUGACACACACACACAAACUCAGCAAUGAUUUUGUGACCACCGCACACACACAGAUACGCACAACAACAGACAGAGUUGCACUAGGCACAACAAAUUCAGUCUCUCUCGUGAGAGUUCUCAACUCACUACACACACACACACACACAGGUUUCAGUGAGUCAGGCAGAGCACCAGGAGUGUGACAGACCUGACAGCCGGCAGUUGUACUCAACCAGACAGACUAUCUGCACUGUGUAUAUACACAAACACACCUCUCUCAAACACACACACGGACAGACUCAAAGACAGACAGACACACACACACACACACUCUGCCCCAUGCAGAGUUGCUCUAGCCAGUCUAGACAUUUAGCAACAUGCAGUGAAUCCGAAUAAGUGUAUUUGAUGUGUGUGAGUGUGUGUAUUGUUUUAAACAAUAUUAUUUUGUUUUUUGGGGGGUUAUUUGUUUGUUUUUCUUCUGAGCAUUUAUGUUUAAACAUAAAAUCAGGAAUAAAAGACCCCCUUGUGCUAAUAAUGUAAUAAUAA